AUGAGCAAAAUCACAAUCAAAGGGCUUAGUGUACCGAGAGUUGUCGUCGCUGUAGGUACGAAGUGGUGCUUCCCUCCUACCCAACCCCACGUACCAGUCAAGUACGGGUACCGCAAAACCCUGCCAGUAGCAAUCUGCAACCGUGCAGAUGGGGUUCUGGCUUGGAUUCCUACCAACCAAAAUCCAGAACCCACGGGUCCACGGGGGAGCGAUCACUCACGAAUUACAUACUUCGUAAGGUUGAUUUCUACCUACUCCGUAGUCCGUACCAAGCAGAGCUCCUCACCUCCUGGUAAAGCAGCCCGCCCUGGGGAGAAAACCCCAAUCAGUCUUGAGGUGAGGUUGUAUCACCGCCUCUAGGGUACAAACCCAGCCAUGGACAUGGAACUUGCCGGUCAACGUUGUUCCCGUCCUACUUGGGAAAUAAACGGGGUACCCUUCAGUUCCCCGGGGUUUGGCAAGGUAGGCCUGAUCACGCAAAUAAAAGACGAGGGCUCGCUCGCAAUAUGCCCCGUCGCAAAAACCUUCUUCCCAAGGGAUUCCUACUUGCUUGUCCUCUCUGUGUCGCGAUCAACAAACAAAACGAAACACAUAGCCUUUCAACGCAUCUAUCUACGACGUACCAACGAACUAUAGUACCUGUCACGGUCCGGUCCGAGCUUACCAUUCAACCGCCAAUCGCGCACUGGUCAACGGUUGUCUACGAUCUAUGAUCUGAUCUGAUCUGAUCUGAUCUGAUCUCUUUAUUUUGCCGUGAGGUUUUACAGUACAGCAUUUAUUCUGCUCGUCACCACUGUUCGAGCCCAUCUCAAAAAUUUCGGCUGAUAUUAGUUUUUACUUUUUUUUUCGUCCUCGAACCUCACUCCUCUGCUACCUCUUUAGCACCUUGCCCCAUCCUUGCCGCCUGCAAAUAUUCGCCCCGAAUUCAGGCCGUCGCUACUGUACUGCACUGUCGCCAACCAGCCCAAAAUAAUAACCCCCGCCUUCUGAGCGCGACCCCCCCCCCCC